UAAUUCCUUAAGUAAUAAAUUGCUAUAUGAAGUAAAGGGAAGUCCCCACCCAUUGGUUCUCUAUUCAGUUAUAUUUGGUCUGAUAGGAAGUAAGCAUCGUGACUGUGUGAUUUCCAUUACUCGGAAAAUGUAAGUGAUGCAUAAGCCAUAAGGGCACUGGUGUGACAGGGGCUUUCUUCACUGAACUACUCCUACGCAGUACUUUGCAACAGGCCUUUAUUCUCAUUUCAGAAGGAGAAAUGAAGGAUAGACUGUGCGACCUGAGUAGUCUUGUAUCUAAAAACACCCAAGAGGAGCCUCCUGUAGAGAAUGGGGAGAACACAGAAAAUGGUCAGCUGGAGCAGCAUACUGGGGUGUUUGAGGGUGAGGACAUCAUGGACUAUGUGUUUAAGGAGGCCCAGUCUAUGCACAAAAAAAUAGCUAACCUCAGACAGGAGGUGAAGAGGCUAAGCAAGCAGAACACCCGUUUUCUCACCUCAGUCAGACGCAUUAGCAGCAUCAAGCGGGACUCCAAUGCAAUUGCACGCAACAUCAAAGCUGAAGGAGAGAAGUUGUAUGCGAGGCUUCAGCAGAUGGAGACACAGUGCAAAGACCUGGAGGAGAAACACGGCGCCCACUCUGCGUUAGCCCGCAUGGUGCGCUCCCAGUACAACUCUUUAACCUGUGCCUUCCAUGGAGCAAUGUCUGAGUAUAAUGAGGCCGAGAUGGCACAAAGGGAAAACUGCAAGAUACGCAUCCAGCGACAGACAGAGAUAAUGGGCAAGGAGGUAACUGGGGAUCAGAUAGAAGAAAUGAUUGAGACUGGUAAGUGGAAUGUCUUCUCGGAUGACCUUGUCACAGACGAGCGAGCCUUCCGCUCGGCGCUCAGCGAGAUCGAGAAUCGUCACAAGGAGCUUCUAGAGCUCGAGAGCCGUAUUCGGGACAUUCACGAGCUCUUUUUUCAGUUGGCUCUGCUGGUGGAGCAGCAAGGGGCUAUGGUGGAUAAUAUUGAGGCUAAUGUGUGUGCAACAGAAGAAUUUAUAGGCAAGGCUACAGUUGAGAUCAAGAAGGCUGUGAAAUAUAAGAAGAAGAACCCGUGUAGACAGCUCUUCUGUUGUUGUUUCCCAUGUUGCAAUUAGUGAGGAAUAAUAUGUUUUACUGUCUUCAUGCCACUCCCAAUUCAAAAUAGCAGGUUAGUUUAACAAAAGUAUAGUGGAUUUAUAUAGGACUGUAUUUGUAAAGUACUUUAAUUGACCUGUCUUUGGUGGAGCUGCAUGUAAACUUUGCACAAUGAUGUGAUGUGAUAAACAGGCAGGCCCAUUUCACCAGACCUGUUUUUAUACAGUUAAUUUUUUCAUAUUGGGCAUACCGAAAAUUAUGCAUAGUUGUCUGAACAUGCUGUAACAUGAUGAGACAAAACCUAGUAUUUUAAGCAGUAGAUUAACAAUACAUGAAAACAGCACUGCUUAUUAUCCAAGUGAAAUACUUGUAUUGUUUCUGCUCUAUGUUUAAACAUUAAUGUGAUACUUGUCUGAAAAUUCGUGUUAUUGAUUGAUUAUUUAUGUUUUAAGAUGUAUAAUAACUGCAGAGUGGAAAAAAUAAAUGUUAUAUUUAAGUGGGUUCAUAAACUUUAUUCAUGUAUAUUGUUUUCAUAAUUGAAUAAAUAAAAUUAUAACUUUGGGAA